AUGGAACUAGACUCUGACCGAAGAGCGCCGAUCUCCAUUUCGAAGGGACGGUUGAGGAUAACUGUCUUCGCAGCGGUGGUUACGCUGCUGCAGGGGCCUCUCCCCUCCGUGACACCAGCUCUGGCAAGUCUUGAGGAGGAAAAGUUCAAGUGCACUGAUAUCCCAAGCGGAACCUCGUGCACCUGCCAAGCAGAAGGGAGCGCACCCGCUCCGACACUUAAAAGAACACUCGCUCAGCAUGCAAAUAAGCUUCAGCUGCUCUGCCAACAGCCUUUGCGCUACGCUCCGGACGACCUGACGAGUUCCAAGGUCUGUCGGGACAACACCAGUGAGCUCACAGAGUGCACGGAUGCGCCUAAGGCUCCCAUCGAGGUGAAGUCUCUCCUUUCCGGAUCCCCCCCUGUCGUGCAAUGGGAGGGUGGCUCUAACGCCAAUGGCACGCCCAAGUCUCUAACUAUCCCCGACGGCAAUUUUCCCUUUGUGGACGAGAGGUUUAUUGUGGGGUGCCUCAACGAUGGCAGGGACAAGACGGAGUGCCAAGUGACAGUAAAGAUUGCAGCCAAGCUUAGCACGACAGAGGCACAGACAGUUACAUGUGCUUACGGCGCUCAGAGCAACCCGACGCAUCAGGCUGUCACAAUCACCCCGGCUCUCAACAGCUUCACCCUAGUGUGUGGAGAAAAAGGGGAGAUAGUGCAGAAGACUUUUCUGCAAACAUAUUGUCCGGUGAGCAAAGGGAACACUCCUGCCACGUCCUGCACCGGAAAGUACUACAACAUCCUUCCUGCAUACAAUGAUGGGUGGUGGAGUGGGGACAAGACCAAGUCAUUCACACUUACGAUUCCGAAAGAUAAGUUUCCGGAAGACGCGGUGACGAUGAUGGUCCAGUGCCAGCGGUCGGGAGCGACACCAGCGGCUAAGGCAGGGCCCCAAUACGCAGCAACAGACGCGAGUAUCUGUAGUGUUGAAGUGGUGAUUGAAGGCUCCAAGCAAGCGAGUUCAGCGACCCCCGGCCGGCAGCCAACUCAGACGCGUAUGUUCGCCUUGUUGUUGGGAGUCACAGGGAUACCCCCUAUAUUGCGCCACGAGUUCUAG